GUGCCGCAAACUAUCACGAGGGGAGGGAGUCGCCGCUCUGUGCACGCCCUGCCCGCCACUCCUUGCCUUCACACACACACUGACCCUCACUUUGACCCCUCACUGACCUCACAUUUCCCUCACCCACCACUAGAACCCCCAAAAUCACCACUCACCACCUUCCUUGACCUCAAAUAAGUGACCUUGGUAGCACCGUGGCCGCGUGGUGACCUAAUCUAGCUGUGACCUGUCUUGACCCGCCGUUGACCUCCGCCAUGGCCAAGUGGGGCGAGGGUGACCCGAGGUGGAUUGUGGAGGAGCGCCCCGAUGCCACUAACGUCAACAACUGGCACUGGUCAGAGAAGAACGCGAGUGGCUGGAGCAAAACGAAGAUUAAGGCGCUGUUUGAGGGCCUGGAGCUUGACGACCCUAAUUUAGGUACAGUGACAAUCAAGGAGGUGACCAAGUGUGAGGGGGACGCAACAGUAAGCAACCGCAAGGGCAAGCUAAUCUUCUUCUAUGAGUGGGUGGUCAACAUGGACUGGACGGGUUGCCUACUUGCCGACCCCAAGAGAGAGGUCAAAGGGUCACUAGAGAUCCCUAACUUGUCCGAGGAGAAUGACCCUGAGGAAGUGGACGUGAAUGUGUCAGUGACGGCCGGGGGGUCUGGCGGCGACGCAAUGAAGGAUUUUAUACGCAAGAAGGGCCUUGUGACUUUGCAGGGGAAGAUUAAGGAGUAUAUAGACACUUUGAAGCAAGAGUAUGCGACAGACCUCAUCAAGCCCACCAAGGCACAGGCGGUCACCAAACAGAGUAAGACCAUCGUUAGUGCCCCCAGACAGACCAUGGUGCCCUCGAUUACCUCUACCACGAGUGACGUGGAGAAACUUGGCCUUGGGGUGAAGAUCAAGACGUCCCAGCUGACUAUGAACCAGACCUUUAAGUGUACCGCUGAUGAGCUGUACCGCGCCCUCACACAGCGGGAGAUGGUGGCAGCCUUUACCCGGGGAGAUGUCAAGCUGGAGGUGGAAAAGGGAGGAAAAUUUGAGUUCUUUGGAGGAAAUAUAUCUGGCGAGUUUGAGGAGCUGGUUCCGAACAAGAGGAUAGUGCAGAAGUGGAGGUUCAAAUCGUGGCCCUGUGGUCAUUACUCCAAGGUCACACUUGAGAUUGACCAGAAGGAGGACUGUACCCAGAUUAAGCUCACCCAGACCAGUGUGCCCACCAGUGAGGUUGAGAAGACCAAGGCUGGCUGGAACAACUACUACUGGGAAAGCAUCAAGAGAACAUUUGGAUUUGGCGCCAUUCUCCUCUGAGCUUGUCAACAUACCACCACCACCACCACCACUGCGACUCCUCCUACUGCUGCUACUGCUGUUACUACUACUGAUGUUCUUAAUUUUUCUCUCUCUCUCUCUCUCUCUCUCUCUCU